GUGUCGACGGCGACAGUAUUUCCUGAGCUCAACUCGAUGGCGGACAGAAAUGAGAAGCUGCGUUCCUGCGGCGGCAGGAAUAUCGACAUCAACAACUGUGAAGGUCGCGGAGCUUCCUUCGAGAUCGCGAAAAAGCAGCUUUUCGAAAUACUCAUGAACUUGGAGAAAGUCGGUUUAACCACGCGUGCGAAAUCUCAUUUGAAAGCUUACGCGAGUUUGCGCAAAGUCAAAUUUUUACCGUCAAAAAAGCACCUGAUCGUCGUCUUACUAUUGUUUGUCGCAGUUUUGUAUCGCAACAAAAAUUAUCUGUGUCCUUCGCGACGCGAUAAGUGUUUAGUCGACAUCCCUUCCGCUGUUCACCAAAUCUUCAGACCUCCGGAAGACUGUUCGAUGUGUUUGGAUAUUCAACAGGUUGACAAAGUUUCGAAAAUUGAUCCAGCGCAUUUCGAAGUCCGCUACGCGUAUUCCGGACGACCGGUAGUAAUUACGGAUGCAACGACGAAUUGGACAGCGCCUAAGGUAUUCUCUUACUCGUUUUUCAAAUCCCUUUACGACGGCCAAAAAGGAAACUGUCAGUUUUUCCCGUACAAAACGGGCUUCAAGAAUCUUCAGGAAGUUUUCAACAUGAGCACAAGUCGCGCCCUGCAACAAUCCGGUACCGCCCCUUGGUACGUCGGAUGGAGCAACUGCAACGAGGAGAUCGGUACCGUUUUGAGACAACAUUACGACACCCCUUACUUUCUACCGGCAACAGCGGAGAGCGAAAAGACCGAUUGGAUUUUUAUGGGUAGUUCCGGAUACGGGGCGCACAUGCACGUCGACGACGUGGAACAUCCUUCGUGGCAGGCUCAACUGAAAGGAGAGAAACUUUGGAUAUUAGAACCACCGAGAGAAUGUCAUUACACUUGCAAUCGUAUGACGGUCACCGUAAAACCCGGCGAAAUAAUCGUAUUGGACACGAAUCGAUGGUACCAUCAGACGAGAAUUGUUUCGGAGGAGAUGAGCAUAACAAUCGGUGCUGAAUUCGAUUGAAUUUUCAUAAUUAUCUACCGACAUCCAAUCGCUUCGCUAUCUCUGAACGAUAAUCAUAGUUCAGAGUUUCUAAUUAUUAUCAUAUUCCAAUUGCUAUUGAAUAAAAUUUGAAAUCUGAAUGUUUAAAUAAUAUUCUACAUGCCUAUAUUCUAGUGUCUACAUCACGAUAUUGCUCGGCAUCGUUCCUCAACGAUCGCGAUAUCUGAUUUAUAAUAUCGCCGCAUGUGUAAUCAACGUGUAAUAAAAUACGAUACCAAAUAACCUGUACUCGAACGUACAUCACACGCAUAACGUGUACCGCACCUACGCGCAAGUACUCGAAGAAGAAUAAAAUCGAAAACAAAAAAUCAACUGCUAUUUUAUCAUCUCUCAAUUGUGCGUAGACGAUGCGGUUUUCGAUUACCCUGCGUACGUAACGUUAUCGC